GCUCUUUUUUUGUUUUCAACUUUUUUAUUUUUUUAUUUAUUAUUUUUCUUCUUGAUUUCUAAUGUCGACUUUAAGAGAUGAGAGUCCACCAAGACAACGAGUCAGUCGAGCCUGCGAUCUCUGCAGAAAGAAAAAAGUAAAGUGUGAUGGAGCCAGUCCUGUUUGUACAAAUUGUAAAGGCAUUGGACUUUCUUGUACAUUUCAAGACAUGACAAAAAAACGUGGUCCACCCAAAGGAUACAUUGAGGCAAUUGAAAAUCGACUAUACAAAUUGGAGAAUUUUCUUGCAGAACUUGCCAAAGGAGGAGAUGCGCAGUCAAAACAACUCUUAUCGGAACUCAAUUCACCUUUAGAAACACCCACAGGUGAACAAAUUCGUGUGCGACCCGUACGCAGAACUGCUCGGUCAGAGAAAAACAAGGUCUUUUUCUGGCAACAAGAUAAAGACGGUAAACGAAAGAGGGAGGCCCUGACCAACGAUGAUCAUUCCGUAGAUGAGGGCGUCGGUCAAUUAGCCAUGGAUGAAAACGGUCAAGUCAGAUACUUGGGAAAAUCAUCCGGCUACUAUCUACUUCAGAACAGCAGAACCUAUCAAAACGGUGCCUUUCACUUUGCAACGUAUGGAAAUAGACCUUCUCGUCAACAGAAAAAAUUAAAAGCCGUCUGCAACCCACAAGAACUACCUCCAAAGGAUUUAUCCGAUCACCUCAUCAACUUGUAUUUCAACCAUUUCUAUCCUUUUUUACCGCUGUUUUAUAAAAGAGAAUUAUGUACAAAACAAAUUUCGCCACUGUUGCUAAACUCCAUCUACGCUAUCGCCUCUCGUAUUUCGCCGGAUGUAAGAGUCAGGUCAAGUUCAGAUUCCUCAGAUACGGCAGGUGAUGUUUAUUACGAAAGAGCAGAAAAAUUAUUAGACGAAUCAUAUGAUGUCCCCAGUAUAGGCACUGUCCAAGCUCUUCUGUUAUUAGCAAGUCAUCAGCAUGGUCGAAUGAAAUCUGCUAAAGCCUGGCUGUAUAGCGGCAUGGCCUUUAGAAUGGCUCAAGAUUUAGGCCUACAUCGAAACUGUGAUCAUUGGAAUAUUCCACCGGAUGAAUGUGAACGAAGAAAGCGUGUCUUUUGGUGCUGUUAUAUCGUUGAUCGAUUAUCCAGUGCCAUGUAUGGAAGAGCAUCUACCUUUGAAGAACGAGAUUGUGACACUCCUUUCCCCUCUGUCGAUGAUAUUGAGCCGAUACACGGUGGAGAGUCCACGCCUGUCAAGCUACUCGAUACAUUUAUUAACCUGAUCAAAAUUUGCGAUAUCCUGGGCAACGUUUUAAAAAACAUUUACUAUGUUCGUUCUUUACAAAACCCCGUCACCCGACAAGCAGAUACAGUUUUAACCACCUGGAGUAAAAAACUACAUCAAUGGCACGAUCAACUACCCGAUUCACUACAAAUCAAAAAGGAUGCUACACCACCCACUGCCGUAUGUCAAUUACACAUGAUUUACCAUACAACCGUUAUUUUAUUACAUCGACCUUUUAUUCCAGGUCCUAACCAAAGUUUAGUUCCUUCGCUCUUACCCUGUGCUUCCAUCUGUUCUUCGGCAGCAGAUUCAGUCCUUUCCAUCACAAACGCCAUGUUGUCCGAAAACAAAUUACGCUAUGUGAUGAAUUACGCAGUUUAUUAUAUCUUUACUUCGGCGCUUAUUUUCAUUACAAGUGGACCCCUUAAACGUGAUCUCGACACAAAGUCCUCCGAUGCCAAUUUCAAGGUGCAAAAAUGUAUGCAGGCUUUGGACGAGAUUGAAGGGACCUGGACCACAGCCAGUAAAAACUGUCAAAUCAUUGCUGAAUUAUCGGGCUUCCGUGAUAUCAAUUUACGACUGGAAACUCAACAACAGCAGCAGCAACAACAACAGCAACAACCGGACGAAAACAUGAUUCGUUGGCAACAACAAGAAGAAUUACAUCGUCAUCAAGUGGUGCAGGAUUACCCGUUACCGCCGCAACAACAACGAAGAAACAUGAGCAAUUUGAGAUAUACCAUUCUUCCCAAUGGUAAAACACCCGAUUUCGGUGUAGCCAACCCAUUUCAGCCCAAGCAAGAAAAUCUCCAUAUUGCGGAUCCAUUUGCAGCGCCCGGUAUCAUUCCUACGACGGAUACAAGGUAUGAAAUGGCGACAACGGAUUUUUGGGACCUCGAUGUCAAUGAAUGGAAUAAUUUUAUGGCUCAACCAGACAUGUACCAGGAUAGAAGAUUUGAUGAGGUUGGAGAAAAACAACACCUGAUUCAUACCGAUCAAAAUGUGGAUGUCCUUUCAGGUGUUCCUACCCCGCUAGAUCGUAAACCUACUCUGUUGAGUUACGUGCCCCAAUACAAUAAUAAUCAGCAUACUAAUACCGAUGGCAGGCCAUCUAAUACUAAUACUAAUAAUAAUAAUACUACCACUACUUCUGACAAUGCUUAUUACUGGUAGACUUCUUUUUAUAAAUAAUAAAAUAAACUUUGUAAUCAUAUGCCCCCAGUAGAACGAUAC